AUGUUGCGUAUUAUUCGGAGUAUAGGUACCGCGGCUGGUGCCGCUGGUUCUGGUGCUGCUGGAGCUGCUGGUGCUGUUGCAGGGUUGUACCGGGAACCUGCUAAGUGGAAAGGGUUGAAGCCCGAGACUGUGAUAUCUCUGUACUGGGAGCGUGUUGCGAAGAUGGGGAAGGAGUACAAGCAGAGUCCCGAGGAGUUAGAGGCGCUGCUGGGCACGUCGGAGUACACUGGUGUUCCCGAGGCGCAUAUCAGGAAGCUGUACAAGUACGGUGAGAAAGGUGCUAUGGAGAUUGGUGCUGGAGCUGGACCUGGUGCUGGGGCCAAGGCUCGGGAUGUCGUCGGUGGGUUUAGCAGGUUUCAGUUCGAUGAGUUGCCCUCGCAGGCGCUGGAUCUGGUGGAUCAGCACCGUGAGCAGCGGUUUUACAACAGACUGGCUGCGUACGAGCUGCCUUUGCUCGCUAAGUACAGGCAGGAGUACAAGCCUCCGUCAGCGUCAGAUGUGGUGACUUACAAGUACUUCACGUAUGUGGGUGAAGAGCACCCUAACUCGAGGAAAGUAGUCCUGAGCUUAAAGACUGAGUCACUUGGUUUGGAGCCUCGCGCACUGCACAAGUUCAGGGUACUGGCAAGGACUCGCUACGACCACGAGACAGACCUGUUCAAGAUGUCCAGCGACAAGUUCCCAGAAGCACAGCAGAAUGCCAAGUACUUGGGAGAUAUCCUGAAGAGGCUACUGCAAGAGGCCAAGGACUUAAGCAAAGACGACUUCAGUGAUAUCCCCUUGGACACAAGACACACCAUUGCUAAGAAUCUGCGGAAGAAGCACUCGAGGCGUCUAAGGACAAUUGAAUUCCCAGAGGAGUGGAAGAGACCUGAAGAUGCGCCUGUGAAGAAGGUCAACAUCACCGAGGAAUUGAUGAAACUCUUGUAA